UACGAUAUUCCGUAGGAAAAGAAAGAGGGUGCGAGGAAGAACGACGCCGUAGUCGGAGCAACCCGUCGAACAGUGCCGUGUCGUAUAAGCAGUACUUACGGAGCAAGCUGCGAGCAAAGGUUGCUCUCUCCGAAUAGCUUCGAUCUACUUUUGAAUUUCUCUUACAAUUUUUUCAGACACAUGAAAGAUAAGAGGAAAAUAAGAGAAAGAGAAAGAAAAAGAAAAAUCAGCAGUCAGGAAACGAGAAAUUCUUAUCCAUCAAGCAUUAAAAUAUGCUGAUUGUGGCCAUCGAAAUCAGACCUCGAGAAGAAGACAGUCGUUAACUAGCGGUCGUUGAAAAAAGUGAAAAAGAGUGAAAGAGAGAGAAAGAAAGAGAGAAAGAGAGAAAGAGGGAAAGAGAGAGAGAGAGAGAGAGAGAGAGAGAGAGAGAGAGAGAGUAAAGAGACAGAAAGAAAAAAGAGACAGAAAGAAAGAAAAACAUUAAACGAGAGUUGGCAUGGCCGUGCGCGAGAACGUGCGACCUCCGACAAGUCUUCAACUUCCCGGUACGUGACUCAGGAUCUUAGGAAUCGAGAAUCUCGACGGAGGAUGAGCGCCAAGAUAUCGCUCAGCGGUCGCAAUGCGAGCGGCCAGUCAACUGUGAACCAUCGGAGUGGUAAACCAUCGACAGGAUUGCUCCUCGCAAGACCAUCCGUCAAGAGGCCCUCAUCAUCGACGAAGCUGAGUGGCAUCGAGGAAAGAGCUGUGAAACGAGCAGCCGUCAUUAAAGUGGACACAUCGCCUGCAGACUCUAACGUUAGGGCGAAAACGAUAACAACUUUGGUGGACCGAGAAGACCAGAACGAGAUGCCAGCCCUUACACGUGCUUGUACUACUGCCACUUUACCGAGAUUUAAGAAAUUUCGAUUUGGAGUAUUGUCUUCGGGAAGAAGUCUCGAUGUAACUGUACCAGAAAUUGGUCGACAACAUCAUCGGCAACGUCAAAAACAACUCGAACUUCCUCUUGAUCGUCGGUAUCAACAACGAGAACAGAAGAAACGAGGAAUAAAAGGUGGUGAAAAAGAAGAAGAAGAAAAAGAGGGAAAAAAGGCAACAACAUCGAUGUCGACUUUAGUGUGUUGCGAGCCGGUCUCGGCCGGACGGCCGCGGGACAACCUCAAACUCGUUCUGAAUCGUAGUUUGAGCGAGCCAGGUCCGCCGGCGACGUCUUCAUGCUUCCUCUCGUCGCCGACGUCGCCCGUAUCGCCUAGUCCCUCAACUACCAGCAGCGUCGACAGUUGCAUCACCGACGUUAGCGGAAUAACCGACAUUGCCAGUAGCAUUAGCAGCACCAGCAGCACCAGUAGCAGCGGUAUAAACUGCAAUAGCAUUAGCAGUGGUAGCAGUAGCAGUGGCACCGGUAGCAUCGAUAACGAAACUAUAACGAGCGACGUACAUCGUCACUAUCAUCAUCACCACUAUCAUCAUCAUCAUUAUCAUCACUACCAUCAACAUCAACUUCAUCCACUCUCAGCUUCGAAACGUUGCAAGCUGGAGACGGUUAGCCUUCCCGCAAGUCCUUGCUCCGAGAGCAACAGUCUCCAAAAACAAUUGGUUCUCCAAAGAACGCGUACGAUAACACCGACCGAACUAGCUCAAAGAAUCUUAGAACAUUCAACGAGCGGUCCUGUACUCCUCGAUUGUCGGCCAUUCAUUCUUUACAACGUGAAUCACAUCAGAGGAGCUAUCAACGUAAACUGUUCCGAUCGAUUCAAUAGACGACGUUUGCAAUUGGGCAAAGCUACUCUGGCUGACCUCGCCACUGCUAGAGAAGGCAAAGAAAUCCUUAGAAGAAAACAGUAUAGAGAAGUCAUCGUUUACGACGAUUGCACCGCCGAGCUUGAAUACCUUCCUGUUCAACAUCCCUUAUUUUUGGUACUAGCUGCUCUCGUUGAAGACAAUCGCGAACCCGCCUUACUUCUCGGUGGACACAAAGAGUUCCACAGGCGGCAUCGAGAAUUCUGCGAGGACACCCUAUUACCGUCCGGUGGUGGUAAUGGCAAUUCUUCCACAACCGUCAGCGGUUGUCCAAGUCCUGGUCCAGGUUGCUCGGUUCUAAGUCUUUCGGGACCACCGACACCACAAGCAGCAGACAUUGAUAGCCAUCCGGCAUCUCGUGUUUUACCCUUUCUUUACCUUGGCAACGGCAGAGAUGCUGCUGAUCUUCAACUCCUUCGAGCCCUUGGCGCUACUAGAGUAUUGAACGUUACCUCCCAAUUACCAGGAUAUCACGAGGAAAGGGGCAUUACCUACAGACAGAUACCUGCGUCGGAUUCCGGUCAUCAAAAUCUUAAGCAGUAUUUCGAAGAAGCCUUUGACUUUAUCGAGGAAGCACGAAAAGCCGGUAGCAGCGUAUUGGUUCAUUGCCAGGCUGGCGUUUCACGUAGUGCGACGAUCGCCAUCGCGUACAUAAUGCGACAUAAAGGCUUGUCAAUGGUCGAAGCAUAUAAAUUGGUGAAAAAUGCAAGGCCGAUUAUCAGUCCGAAUCUAAAUUUUAUGGGGCAGCUUCUCGAAUUAGAGCAGGGACUAAGAGCGUCUGGUGGUGUCACUGGAACGCAACAAACGGAGGAACCCAAGAGUUGUCAUCAGUGUCGUUGGAGUCACCAGCAAAACAGUAGCGAGGAAGUUACUUCCGGUUGCAGCGUUUGAAAGAACGCGUAAGGCGUGCGUGCGCCUGACAUACACACUCCCACACAUACACAUACACAUAUAUGCAACACCUCGCAAAAAGAAACGUACGGACCUGCAAGCUCGUUUUUGUUGUUAUAUAUUACUAUACUAUUACUACUAUUAUUAAUUAUUAUUAUUAUUAAUUAUUAUUAUUAAUUAUUAUUAUUAAUUAUUAUUAUUAUUAAUUAUUAUUAUUAUUAAUUAUUAUUAUUAUUAUUAUUAUUAUUAUUAUUAUUAUUAUUAUUAUUAUUAUUAUUCAUAUCCAUAUUUCUUGGACACAGGGACAACGAUAAUGCUCGUUCCAUCGAUUCAAAACGACGAAAACGUGUGUAGAGAUAAAGAGACGAGGCGGAAGAAACGGUACAUAUCUUAACGCGCAAAUUCAUCGUUCUUCCUGUUCUUUUUUAGCGGGAGAACUUGUUUACCUUGUUACCGUGCCUUGAUGAUCGCCAACUCCCCCCUCGAAAUAUAGGGAAAGGCCGAUUUACAAACGAUUUACUUAUCUAACAACUAACUUACUAAAUGUAUGAGCGUGAAAAAAAAAGAGAGAAAGGGGUAAAAGAAUAUCUCUGAUCGAACGAAUGCCAAAUUAAGAAAACAAAAGGAAGGGAGAGCACAUUUUUAAUUACGAAAUAUUUGCAAAAUUUUCACCUAGAAAUUGAUUAGCCAGACGAUAUAUAUUUCCGAAUUAUCAUUUAUCUCAAGAAAAAAAAGAGGAUGUUCGAUCGUUUUUUCUUUUCUAUUCUUUUCUUUUCUUUUCUUUCGUUUUAUCAAGAACAUGCUCUUUCAAUGCAAGGUUAAACUUGUAAGUACUUAUGUGAAAAGUGUUCACGACUGUUGUUUGGCAUAGACAAAUAAUACUGAUUUUAGACUGUUUCUGACAACAUUAAAUUUAGAAUUUAAAGAUAUAUGUAUUUUUAUCAAAGCAUACUAAAAAAGCAAAAAAGAGAACAAAAAAAAACAAAAAAUACACAGAGACUACUUUAAUGUACUUCGUUGAGAAUCGUUUUUGCAAAAGCGGCGAUCUAUAGAUUCAGUGUUUCGUAUAAUGGUGACGAUACUUGGUAUUAUUGCUGUACAGGAGAUAUAUCUAUUUAAUAUAUCUAUUAAUUUGAUCGAAUUGAAAUAAUCUUUUUUUUAUUAUUUUUUUUUAUUACUUUCUCCUUUUGUUUUUCUUUCUUUUUUUUCACUCCCAUUCAUCGUUUGAUCGUGUUUCACAAAAACAUUGCGGACAACACUACUUGAAAAUCGCCAGUUAUGAUGUUGAAGAACAUUUUAUUAACAAAAUAUUGUCUUGGCAAAUGAAAUUUUGUUAGAAAUUUUUGUGAAAGGGCAUUGAGUUUUACAAAAAAACGAAAGGAGGUAGAAAGAGAAAGAGAGAGAACAUUAUUCAGAAAAUAAAUAACAUCGCAUACAAGCUGUAAGACGAUUAUUAGCCACGUUUAAGUUUUACAUUUGUCUAUUUGUAAUCUGUGCGUCUAUACGAUAAUUGAUAUAAUGUGGUUUAUAUUUGAUAAAUAAUAUGUAUAUCGUUAUAACCAAGAGAAAAGCUUAGACGUUAAACUCCUUAGCAUUUAAGAAUCUGGUUGUGGUCCAACCAUCGUGAUCUAGUCGUUUGUUGGGAUAGAUGGUAUAUAUCUAUGGUACGAGAGCAGCAUAGAAAUAAAGGAAAAAUAAAGAGAGAACGAGUGAGUUCCUUAUCGAAAUCGAUGAUGUUCAAAUAUCACUGAAGAAAUUUCUUUUUUCUUUCUCGUUAAUGAAGAACCAUCGAGAAGAAAAUGAACAUACGUUGCGUUGGUAUAUACGUAUUAAGAAUCUAUUACGGGUACGUGGUGGUAGUCAGGAUUAAUCUUUGUAAGUGAAAAUAGAGAUCGUUUGGCUUUGCGAGGAACACAAACUAACUUCGUUCACUCGAACCACGAAAAAAAGAUGCUUUCGUAAUGACAUAUUUCAUAUAGGGUAUUACAUAUUAUAUAAUCGUAAGAUAACAUUAUUCACAUCGAAAUUUUAACGCGAAUAAGUUCCUGCAACUUUGAUCGUUAUUAGGAAGAAUCGAAUCGAAAAGAGAUUCGUUUUAGAAAGAGAAUUUAUUAUUACAAUCUCGCUUAAAUAUAAGAUUAAGUAGCUGUACAGAAUGAUAUAUGUGUAUAUAUAUAUGACAUUAUAUCAUCAUAUAUAUAUAUAUAUGGAGCUCGUUGUUAUUAACGAUGACUCUAUCGCAGACAAUAAAAUUGAAGAUAACGAAAGUGGAAGAGUUCCUUCGAUUUCGUCUUUAAUAUUCGCAACGGUACAUAUCAAGGAUACGUCGCCUUUUCAUAAAAAAACUGAGAGCUGUAUGUAAGAGGAAGAAAAGAGCACAAAGUUAGUGAUUCAUACGUAUGUCUCUAAGUUGCCGGCAUCUUUUGUUUUUUUUUGUAAGAGGAAACGAUGUAAAUACGUGAACUGUAAACUGUGUGCGUACGUGAAUGGCUAAAUUAAAUGGACAAACAGUUUUAAAGAGUGUGAAAAUAAAAGUUAAACAGAUAAAGAGAGAGGGAGAGAUAUUAAGAAAUGUCGGUAGAUGUAUUGAUAGAAGAAAAAAAUAGUACCUGUUGCAUCACGAGGAUGUAUGUAUGUAGUGUUUAUCGAAUAGUGGGAAGAUAUUAACAAUAAACAUGUAUAUCGGCAUACGAUAUAAAUACGAGGAAUGUCGUUGCUGUAAUGAUGAUAACGCUUUAACAGACGUUCAUAUUCUCGUGAAUCGUCCGAGAAAAGUUAAUAGCAUGUUGAUAUAUCUCUUUAUUGCUAGUAUUUUUCUGCAACUUAAUGCACAUGUUAAAAUUUGCUUGCACUAUACGUCAUUAAAGUAAAAUAUAUAUACUAUCUGCGGCACGCACACUUUAAGAAAGGGUAUGCACCGUGAUGGUUAAUAUAAAGUAAUCCUUAUAAAUCGGAUCCCAACGAUUUUAUAAUGUACAGCUAUAUGUAGUGAUUGAUAGUAAAAACCAUAAAAAGUAUAGUAUGUAAUUUAUGCGUAAAUGCGUGCAAGUAUUGUAUUAUAUCAAAAUUUAUUUAGUUAUUUUAUGAAUAAAAAUGCAAAUUGAAAGUUCA